GUCAUUGUCAAUGUCGUAAUGUAAACACUGUAGGUAAUCGGAUACGGAGUCUUCCUUAAUUUUUUAAUUACUUUUGAUUUAUUAAUUUACAAUAUUUAUUUUUGAUUAUGAGAUUUUAUUAUAGUUAAUAAUUUUAAAUAUGUGCACAAUACCGCCAGCACCACCUCCCCCUCCUCCUAGUACACUUAAUCUAAGAACGAAUUCUCCUCCUAAAACUUUAGAUAACUCUUUCCUUGAGAAGUUUCCCGACGUAUGCGAAUGGGCUACAUCCGAUUACCAGCUUUGGGACGCAUGUUGGAAGAACAAUAUUUGCCUUCAUCAACCCCCUUUUCAAUAUUCUUACAAGCAUUAUGACUCCAUAAUGCAAGUGGGCCCUACUUGUGGCUUGGUGGCACUUUCUAUGAUAUUAAAAGGCAAAGUAACAUCAGAUGAACUGUUGAAUAUUACAAAGGCUGAAGGUUACAGUAACAAUGGUGAGAUGUUCAGUUGUCAAGAUAUGGCCAAGUUGGCAGAGAAAGCUGUUUGUAUGGCAGAAUUAAAUGAUGCCAGAGUAGAAGUAAAAAAAGGUGGUCUUCAUAGCAAUGAAACUAUAGGUGAAUUAUUAAAGGGAGCUACACUGCUAGUUGCUUAUGACGCAGACUGCAACCACUCACCAUGUCUGCGGAAUGGUCACACUGCUCACUGGGCCCUUGUAUGUGGAGUCAUCAUUGUCGACGACCCUAAAGACGAUUAUGUCUCCAAUCCUAACAACACUUUUAUAUUGGCGAGACAUGGAAAAUCAAAAUUCCUUGCCGCAUGGCCGUUAGAACAAUUAGAUAGAAGUAACAAAAAUUUACAGGAGUUUUCUCCAAAGAAACAGGACGAUGGUUUGCUUUAUAUUUUACCAGAAGGGGGGAUGGGAGGGGAGAGAGGACUAAGAGAUCAAUUUUUAAUGUUUACAGGUUUGUAACAAUUAAUAAGAAAUACUAUAUAUUGUUCAAUUAUACAGUUGUUGUUUUUGUUUUAAGAUUAUUAAUUAGAAUA